AUGUACGGACAAGAUGUCCAACCGUCCCUGAUAGAGUUCCCAGUCGAAGACUUGGUCUUCACCACCCGUGCGACUUCACUGUCCCGACGUUACUCGAACCUGGAGCCUAAUCUAAGAUCGAUUAUCAUCGCAGUUGACGGAGCAUGUAGGGAGAAUGGAGCGGCCGCUCCCCGAGCUGCCAUUGGGGUCUAUGUGGGCAAUAAAUCUGACUACAACGCUUCUAUGCAGCUUGAUUCAUCAUGGGCAACGAACCAAAAGGCGGAAUUGGCGGCAGGCAUUUACGGACUCGAUGCCGCCAGGGAGAUCAAUGACUAUGGUGUCGAUGGGGAAUCACUGACCGAAGUCAUCAUCAAAACGGACUCUGCAUACAUGGUCAACGGGCUGACCCAGUGGGUUGACAGGUGGGAAGCGAACGGCUACAUCAACGCGGACGGCCAGCAGGUUACCAACCAUUACCUGUUCAAGGAACUUUCCUGGCGCGUUCGUGAUCUUGCCGAAUCCCAUGUCAAGGUGUACUUCUGGCACGUCCGCAGAGAACACAAUCGGGAAGCAGACCAGCUGGCCAGGGAUGCUUUGGCACGCUAA